GGGGUUUAGAGGGGAGAUGGGCUUGAGCAACAGGACAAAAAGGUGUGUCUUUGUUGGGUUAAAACGGGCUCGCUCUUUUGAUUGAACCCGCAUAUUUUAUCCAAGCUCCCAGACCCGAACUCCAGUCAAAGCCGCCGCCCCUCCUUUCGACAGGUACCUAAGCUUAGGGUAGCUUUUAGCGGAGCGGAGCUGCACCCUUCAUCAGGAUCGAGGUGGUCCGCCUCCAUAUCUUGCAUGUGCCCUGGCGCCGACCGCUACCUCAUCCAACGAUUUGCUGUCUUCGCCCACACACAACCGCACCAAGAGGACACCCACUUCCUCCACCAAGGCGGCCCGUUUCGCGGGAGAGAGAGAGGGAAAAAAGAAAGGAAAAAAAACGCGAGAACCAGAAUUCAAGGAGGGCAAUUCAAUUCGAAUCCUCAAUCCUUUAUUUGGGUGUCUUGUUUGCAUGUGGAAGCUGCAAGCGAGCGUCAUUUGGUUCCGCUCCUCGACGCUUUACCGAUCUGCAGCAUCACGGCAGACGCCAAACAACGUGGUCUUUGUCGUGGCCACCGGUUUUUCCAUCCAGCAUAGACUAGGUGCAUAUCUAGAUCGAGAACCUCGCUAGGGCGCCGGAUAGCCAACGUACGGACCCCCCGCUGCCGAAUUGCGGAAGUCAAUAUCUAUCAUCACGUCUCCUGAAAAAGGAGGGAUGUCCUCGUAGCAACCUACUUAGCAAAGAUUCCCUCUUUUUGCUCUUUUACGCCAGCUCCCCCUAUCACCCCGCAACACUUGCGCGUCAUCUGCGCUUGGCACUCCGUGUGCCUUUUUGUGCCUUUUUUUUACCAAAAUCGCAAUCAUGCCCACCGACAGUAAAACGGCCGCCGCCGAGUGCAUCUCGGACGACGCACUGAUCCACCUCAAGUCGUACAAGUAUUCGAGCGUCGACAAGUCGCCCAUUUCCAAAUACAUCCUACAGCCCUACUGGAAUGCCGCAGUCAAGCUGCUGCCCAUGUGGCUCGCGCCCAACAUGGUCACUUUAAUUGGCUUCAUGUUCAUUCUCGGCAACGUAGGCUUGCUACUCGUAUAUAUGCCAGAUCUGGAGGGACCAGGUCCGUCAUGGCUUUACUACAGUUUUGCCUUCGGUCUAUUCAUGUACCAGACGUUGGACAAUCUGGACGGCAAGCAGGCCCGACGUACAGGAAUGUCUAGCGGACUCGGUGAGCUAUUCGACCACGGCAUAGACUCGCUUAACUGCACCUUGGCCAGUCUGCUUGAGACCGCAGCCAUGGGCCUUGGUGUGUCCAAAUCCGGCGUCUUCACCGCUCUCUGCCCCUGCUUGCCGAUGUUUUUCUCAACGUGGGAGACGUACCACUCGCACACGCUCUACCUGGGCCGCAUCAACGGACCGACCGAAGGCAUCCUGAUAGCCUGCACCAUUAUGAUCCUCUCCGGCUACUACGGGCCCGGCAUCUGGACUGAACGGUUGAUUGAUCUUUUCGGGGAGAAGUACUUGAUGGGCUACGCCGACAUCGUUGGCGACUACUCGAUCCGCGACGUCUGGAUUGGAAUCAUCGUCAGCUCGCUUGUCCUCACCCACAUUCCGCCCUGCAUCUACCACGUUGCCAUCGCACGCCGCAGCAGGGGCCAGGCCAUUGCGCCAGUGUUCCUCGAGUGGACGCCUCUGCUCUUCUACUCGCUUUCCAUCGGAGCAUGGGUUUACUCCCCCUUUUCGACUCUGCGCAGCCACAACCACAUCGUCCUGUUCUGUUGCACCAUGUCAUUUGUGUUUGGGCGCAUGACGACCAAGAUGAUCCUCGCACAUCUGACCCGCCAGCCGUUCCCAUACUGGACCGUUAUGCUGUGGCCGCUUUUGGGUGGUGCUGUCCUCGUAAACCUUCCAAGGUUUGGCUUUCAGGCCGUCUCGCACGAGGUCGAGCUCGGAUACUUGUGGGGAUACUUCGUGUUUGCAGCAGCGGUCUACUCGCGCUGGGCAUAUGUUGUCAUCACAAGCAUUUGUGAUUUCUUGGAGAUAAACGCCCUGACGAUUCCGAAAGAGAAGCAGGCAGAGAACAAGCGCAAGAUGCAGCUGGAGCGGGCCAAGCCUCUGCUCAACGGCAAUGGUGCUUCCAAUGGUGCUUUGAACGGCAAGAAGGUGCAAUGAUGCGCAGAUGUGCCGUCUAGCACCUGGUGAUAUUAUUAUCCCCUUACUAAAGUGCCUGUUUUAAUAUGAUCGGGUUGGGCGUUCUCAUUUUCAGUCUUUUGCGGAUAUUCAAUUUUCGCCUGUUGCCCUCUCGAAGGAUCGCAUGUGAUCUGAAAUGGGGCUUGGCAACUGCGUUCAUACGGAGUUUGUCCAAUGUCCGUCUCCUUGGACAGUUUCACUCUAGACUGUUUGAGGGCUCGCGGAAGAUUCAAUGGUAUUUGCUCGCAAUGCUGGCAUGCACGGGUCGGCGUUUAGGGGGUUGUGGGGUUUAUUCAUCGUGCUUUGCAUCACUUGCUUCGAAUUCCCACUUUGCAUUCGCUUCGGGUUUUGUAUAUGACGGGUCAAGAUAGUAGUAGUCUUCUUAAUAAUUAUUUAACAACAGUCAGCACUGCUUUCUGUGGGAGGAACCCGAAAAUGUGGGUUCUAUUAACUCCUGGUGUGA